AUGGCCGAUGAGGCGAAGGAUCUCACUAAGAAUUCGGAAAACAAGCUCCGAGCGGCAACAGAGGUUUUCCAGCGUAAAUAUCGUUCUAUGUCCACUUAUGGAGAGCAAGUCAUCGAUGAUGCCAACCGCUCAAAGAAAGCGCUGUUCUGCCUUCCGGAAGACAAUCCUCUAAGAUUCUAUUGCAAAAAGAUCGUCGAAUCCAAGUAUCCUUUACUGAGAAGCUUAAAAAAAUCAUCAUCAUCAUCCCUAAUACAUCUUUGCUUGAAUUUUCAUCAGUUAUUCCCUUUUGUUCCUGACACUUGUGUUAUAUUUAACUAUAUUACCUUGUGUCUCUCUGGUACCUCAUGUUCAGGUUGAUGUAAUUUUAAUUUUGCGGUGCCCUAAGUCUGUUCGCAAUCAGCUUUUAGAGGCGCUUGCAAUUUUGUUUUGAUUUUGUUAGCGUGAAAUUAUUUUUCCUCGCGCGUCACAGGGAAAUACUGACACGAUAGAAAAUACGAUUACUCCAAACAUGAAAUUCUUCAGAUUGAACCUGAUCCAAAAUUUUCCUUUCAUUUUAUCUUUUCGAGGAAUUGGCUUCAGACUUCUGUUCCUUAGGCACUCUAACUUUAUUUCGCUUUUGAAAAUGAUUUGAUACGAAGUUUUAUUUAGUCGAUUUCACAAUUUGAUUGCUGUAUUGCUGUUUUCCUGAACUCUGCUUUAGGAAGUUUGAAUAUUUUAUAUUACUGACAAUCGCCGUAAAUUGCGUUGUUCUGAUGUUAGAUGAACCGCUACCCAAUGGAGAUACAACUGAGCGAAAUGAACAACUGGUAAGAAACUGCUUUCUUCUCCUCAGUAACUGACAAAGAAAAAUCUAUGGUUUAAUUAAAGAAACAUUUCAGUUUUUUUUUUCUAAAGAAGCCAUUUUAAAGCAGGAAACCUGCCCAGCACAACAACGAAAUAUAUUAUAAAGUAAAUUCCCGAAAAAUCUGGAGACAAAAGUGAGUUACGAACGAAAAAGAGAGAACAACUAACAAAUUUAUGUACGUAUAAUUCUUAAAACGUUUUCGUUUAUUUCCUUAAGGAAAAAUCCGAGAAGUACUUCGUCAUAAUUUACUGCAUCGAGGCUGCAACGAAGAUCAUCGCCAGUGGAUUUCUUCUUCAUAAGGAUGCAUACUUGCGAAACGGCUGGAAUAUUUUGGAUUUUGUGGUGGUCGUUGUUGGGUAAGCCCUUUUUAUUUAUCUAAACGACAGUAGAGUUUGCGAAUAUUAACUCUCUCUUCGUUCAGCUGCUUUUGUUGUCAUUUUCAUCCACGCCGGAAAUUUCGUUCGAAGCGGAGAGCGCGCAAGGUGUGCGUUUAAAACUGAAACGCAUUUUUUGGUCAGGGAGCUCAAUCUUACCAGCGAUUUUUAAUGUCUUCCUUUUUGACGCCAUUUUGGAGACCCCUGUUGUGCAUGAAAGAAUAGUUGGAGUGAAUCAUAAAAGGGCCAUGUAUUACGUUCAGUCAGAGAUAAAUCAUCGGCCGGUCUUAUUAGAGUUCGCUCUCACUUCGCUGGCUAUAAAUCGUUAUAAAAAUAAAUACACUAAGCAAGCAAUGCGUUUGCUGAACAGGACGACAAUUAUGUUGCAAAUAUGUAGCACCUCGUACUGUUAUGACAUUGAUGUCGCAAACAACAAAAACAACCACGAAACGUGUAUACAUGUACUGAUAAAUCAAUAGAUACAAGAAACUUAUUGCAUGUUAUUUUUAAAUCAAAUACCUUUCGUUUGAAGUUAAAUGACACUAACCGAAUGUCAGCCCAUUCAGAUCUCCACGACUUUAUCAGUAACAAUAAAAUUUCUCUGGAAAACGCUCGAUUUACCAUUAUUACGUAAGUGUAUCAUCAUAAAGUAAAAAGAAUGAAAUCAUUUAAAGCAACUACGAUCGAUUUUCACAAUGUUAUUUGUCUAAUAUUCUACGGCACAAAAUUAAUGGUAUGCGAUGCGUGUUGCCUAACACAGUUGUGAAUAAGACACUUAAAAAGUUUAUUUCCUUAAAUUCAUCUGUUAUAUUUAUCGAUUGCUGAAUGGAACUCUGUCAUAAUCAAAAGUUGAGUAUUUUCAGUAAGUAAAACCUCGUUCCCAGAAAAACCAAAGACACUGAUGCGGUGUUCUAGCCACCGUAAAGGUUCCCUCAAAGUCACAGCAUAUAUAUAUAGUCUUUGUGUUUUUAGCGUCGUAACCGCUAGCAUUUUAAAGGAGUUAAGAAUAGAAUUAUUAUGUUCCAAAGAUUAAGCUAAUGUAUGGCAAUAUCUUGACAGAGCAUAAGCUAUUCUGUUUUGUUCAAUUCAACAUGCUUAUUUAAACUUCAAAAUAAACCACGUCAAGAAACACUCCAUGGGCGAUUCUUUCAUUUUACAAACGAACGCUCUUUCGACAAGUUGCCCUCUUGUUUUAAGUAUUCCGCUAAUUCAGCCAAUCCAAAUUAGAUCUACUAACCAAAAAUUAGGAAGGAAAAAGAAAUUAACUCCAACAGCUUAAUUUAAGUUUAUUUCAGUACAUGAAAAUGAAAUAAUAUAAAGAACUCGUGGAGAUUGUCUCCUGCCUUUGUUACUGCGCUUAAUUAAGAAAAAAAGCGUAAAGAAAACUUAUCUAACCCGCAAUUUAACCACGCCUAUUUAUGGAUAAAGACCAAUUGCUGUAUUUUGACAUAGUUAAUGUGCCAUGGAAUUUUUGGGUAAAUAGCUUCAAUAUUAUUUGUGACACAUAUGGAUUUGUCCUCGCUGAAGAAUUUAGCGUUUUGUUUUAGUUUCAUAUCAUCAGUAUAUGAAAGUUUACCAGGAACAAUGGGAAUUAGAAAGUUAUCAUUCUCUGUCAAAGGCAGCAACAUAAUUGCAAAACCUUCAGGCUUAGUGCCGUGCGAGGUGGAUCUGGCAAUUAUUUCUUUGGUUCAAUAUAUAUUCGUUUCAUGUUAAAUAACUGUUAAAAUGAAAAAUGUCAGGUUAGAUCCUAUCAAAGGUUGCUUAUCUUGAAACAAAAGGAAAUCAAGUGCUGAAAAAUUUUAUUCACCGCGACUACCGACGUAUGUUCAAUUAUGUUUUAAGACAGCUAGGUAAAUAUUUAAAGGUGUUAGUCACCUGAAGGAUGUGUGAGGAUAAGAAUAGGCUACUGACGAAGGAAAAAAAAGUGACAAGACUUUAUUUACGUGCUGGUACGAUAAGCUAAUUUAAAUACAAUUUUGCCCUCUGUUGAUCCAGCUUUAAUUUCAGGAAGAGAAAAGACUUGAAAGGUGUUUUUGUUAUGCAACUUCAGAGGAUUCAAUUUUUCUAUUUGUUUCUUAAAAAUCCCUUUUUACGGGUGGAACAUUUGUCCACGGAAAACGAAAUAUGCGGAAGCUGUUGAUAUUUAAAUUUAAGCAACUGAUGAAAUGUCCGUGAUAGAUUGUCCAUCGAGUAGUGUUUCAUUCAUCGAUUACUGACUUUAUACCCAAUGCUAAUGAAAUUUCUACCUAUGCAUGAUGAAAACCAUUUUUUGCAAACCCGUGAAAAACAAACCUUGCAACAUAUUCCCGGCAGCAUAGGAUUCGGCUGUUAAACCCAAUUUAAUUAUGAGCAUCUACGUCAUUUUAUACCGACUGACCUUCUACUCGUAGCUUUAUUUUACCAGAUGCUCGUAGAAAGUAUUUCUUUUAGAGUGAAACGGGCUGAUAAUUUUUGGAGGAGAAUUCAUCCUCGCCGAUAAAAACUUCCUAAGACGUCGCAACAAACUGAUAUGACAUGCUGCGGAAUAUUGAGAUACUAAUCAAUUUGAUCACGAGCAGCACAGCAAACGUAUUACGAUGUUCUACAGAUCUACGGCCGUCCUACAAAUAAAAGUGCCACCCUCCCCUUCCCCCUCUCCCGGUUGAAACCGAAUCUUAACAAGACAACGAAAAUGAAAAAAGGAUGGUAUAUUCUUAAAAGUAGUUUCCGCAAAGGUAAAAAGGUGACGCAAAGAUGGCUGUUAAAAUAAGCAACAGGAAGUGUGAACUAAAAAUAACAGAAAGGAAAAAACCAGCAUGAAUACGGAAAGCUAAAAUCGAAGAUCAAACUUUAUGAUGAAACAUAACCAAUUUAUGAAUCAUUACGCGAAAAAUAUGAUUAAGUUUCAUAACAGAAAGUAACUUGUCACCUCUCUCUGUCUCAACGCAGGGAAGCGUGCUGAGUUUUCAUCUUUAUCUAUAUAAUUUGAUGCCUUAAUGUAAUAGACUUUUUCCCUUCGUUUGCUUUCUUAAAAUUUCUUUAAUUGCUAAUUACUCGGAUUACGAACUCUGUCCCGGUUGCCCUCAGGCCAUUAGCAGUCAUUUAUUUUGUACCGCAAUGAAAAGAGUAUUUUCUUGUCAUAGAGUCGUGCCCUAAUUCCAUCAGCUCCUUUUCCUUCGAUAUACUGGCGUAGUACAUAUUUUAAGUUUCCUGCAAGUCUGAGGGAAAUUAAUGUCUCCCCAUAAAUAAAAAAUCUCAAGAUUGUACGAGUUCGCUUUCUAUUUUUGCUUGAAAACUUCUCUUCGUCGUGGGUUUAGCGAUGGACUUUUUUCCCAGCCUUAUCAAACGGACUUCCUUUUUUGAAGUGGUUAAACGACGAAAUACAAACUCCAUGAAGACUUGGAUGUCGCUACAGCGACGCAAAUCUCAAGUCACUUAGAACCUCCUUCAAGAGGUGUCUAUUUCAGUUCAGUUAAGAUUUUCCUUCAAUUAUAACUAACUAUUCGCUUUUAUUUCCCAUCGUGCAAUCUGUUUGUAUGAACUUCAAUCGGCUUCGUCUCUAAUGAAAAUGAUUUAUCAAUAUCCUUACUUCCUAACACUGACUCUAUUUCUCAUGAAUUUAAAUGCGCUGGUGAUAUUCGUCCAGCACACAUAUCGUCUUUUAAAAAGAUCCAAACUUUUUUAACCUUCUAAGUUUUUUACAAUUUCAUUUUGUCUCGAAUUAUUUGUUCCGCUUUUGAUGCACAGAAACCAUUUGGAUGCUAGUGCUUGCAUUGUAAGUUUGAUUGACAAGUUCGCGUGGCCGGCAACGUUAAUCAUUUAUAUCGAGAGAUUCUAAACUCUUUAUAUAUUCCUUGAUUUUAUUCAAUAGAUUGUAAAAAGCUUUCAACUAAAUAGUGUAGUUUAUCAACCACCUCGGACCCAUCGUAAAUUCUUCCUUCUGUUAACGAUCCAGUUUUAUGAUUUUGCGAAGCCUCUGUGAUAUAAUAACUUUGCAAUCUGUAAAUGCAUCGUCUCGUAUAAAAUUACUUAUUCAGCUAUAGAUAGUUUCAUCAUUCCUGUUCACGCAAACUUCUAAUUGCCCUUUUCAAAACGAGUUUUUGGCUUGAUCUUGAUAAAAGGAAGACCAAAACACAUAAAAUAUUAUUUAGAUUGUAAAGUAUGAGCGGAGAAAAGAUAAUUACUGAACGGAAAUGGCCCAUAUCCCUCGUGGAGGGGGAGUCCUUUUUCUAAGUUAUUUGUUUAGCCACCAGCGAACUUUUGUCCCACGAUAAUUGAAUUCUCGUGGAUGCGUUCAAACUUUCUAUCGAAAGCUUCGCGCGAAUUUUCCGAGAGACAAUAUGUACGAAGGUUGAUAUAGUUCGCCUGCGUUUGUUUUGCGACUUUGGUUUAAGGAGAGGUUAUUUUUCUUGCCAUGGACGAUAUCAUUGGUCGAUGUUAUCGUCUUUUUCUUUGAAAUCAGUUCUUUUUGGGCCUAAUACCUGUUGUAUUUCCAUAAUCAAUAUUUUAUCGUUGUUAUUAUGUGCUCCGACUCAGGUAAACGAACUUUGUUAUACUCUGUAGGUUGGUGGGCAUGAUAUCAGAUCUCGAGAUCUCUGGUGGAAGUGACAGCAACAGCUUGAAAGAGUCGGAGUCGCUUAAAGUUCUGCGAGCGGUGCGAGUCUUGCGCCCACUUAAGAUCGUUUCUGGAAUACCAAGUGAGUGGACAGAUUUUUGUCUUGUCUUUUUUUUCUUUACGCCCAGGACUGGGACGAGUGCUGACUUUGGCUAAUCAGAGCAAAGAUACGGCUUGGUGACUCAGUACCCUCGCCAAAGUCUAAAUUUAUUGUCCCUCAAUGCGCAAUUUAGAAUUAAAAACUAAAAUGAAUAGAUCAUUUAUCGUACUGAAACAUCAUUUGAGUAGUAGACGCAAUUUUGGAAUUAAACGACCUGCUAGAAAAACUCUUAUUUAUGAUUCGAAAAUUCUUCUUGCAAACUAUAAACCUCUCAGGCCUGCCAGCUCUGAAAAAAUAGUAAAUGCUCUGGUAAGAUUAGGGGUUGGUUAAAAGGCACAACGCACUCAUAUCUAACGGCAAAAAGCGGAGGUUGAUGAUCAGUGCUUUUUGUUAGGAUUCUCAUUUGUCUUAAGAUCUGGGUUCGAUUCCUCAUGAGGCUCACAUUUUCUGUUUCACGUUUGUGACGAGAGGAGUGUCAUCUCUCUUCCUUCUUCCAACAGGCCAAAAAUUGACCAUGCUUUCCUAUUCAAUUAAAAUCAUAAUCUGCAUGUUAUUUGUUUUGCUGCAGGUCUUCAAGUAGUUAUGAAGUCAAUAGCAAGAGCCAUGAUCCCUCUGCUGCAGAUUUUGUUUUUGAUUUUAUUUGUUAUCGUAAUCUACGCCAUAAUAGGAUUAGAGCUUCUUAGAGGCAAGUUUCAGCUGACCUGUUACAAUACAACGACAGGUGAGAGGAUAUAUUUAUUUAUUAUAAACCACGCAAGUGAAUUGCACUUUUCGCGCGCUCUGAUUGGCUAGUUCGGAAGUAAAUGGCGAGUACUACUCACCUCCGAGGAGCCGGAGACAAAAUCGUGCGUCAAGAAUUGAAUUUUUUUGCUUUUUUUCGGUAUAUUGAAAGAAAUAAACUAAUUUUUUGGUAUUUGUAUGUGUUUUACAUACUAAAACAAUUAUCAUUCACCUUAACUUUGAUGAAUAAUUGUUAAAUACGCCUCAGUUAAGGUUGGCAAUACAAGUUAACUUCAAAAGUCAGAAACAUCUAAGAUAAAAGGAGAAAAAAGGGCGAGGGCGAGAAUGAAAAUCAUUGCAAAAUUAGGUAUUUUCGAGUAUGGGUUAUUGCAAAAAAUUUACUAUUUCAAUUCCAUUCAAGAGUCAUAAUCAUGUAAUCACAAGGAUGUUUGACAAACAGUAUUUCUACCAAGAAUAAUGAGCGUAAUGGAGACUAUGAUAAAUACACCGGAACACAGUGAAUAGGUAGCGUUGUUCUGAAGAUAGAGAGGCUGUUAGAAUCAACCCAAUUCUCUGGAUGCUUUAAGGCUUUCACAGAGAGGCGAAUUAGUUUGGGACGAAAGUUCCAUUUACCAUAAGCAAUUUAAAAUCUCAAACCACGUGUGACGCCAAGCUGGGGCGUCGAGCCCAGGCCACAGCGGUUGCAGACGAGUACUCACUCGCACAAUUGAAAAUCCCUUGGGCUACAGAUGCAUCAUCUUAAGACUACUUAUGUUUUCAUGAAUUUAUUCAGGUGAACGGGACCCUAAAUUCAUCAACCCACGUGUCUGUAGUGAUCCAGAAAAUGUUGGCCGCCCCUGUGAUACGGGUUUGAGCUGUGCAAAAAACGAAUCCGUUUGGAGAGGACCAAACAAAGGCAUUACAACAUUUGAUAAUAUCUUUCUAUCAAUGUUGACGGUAUUUCAGUGUAUCACAAUGGAAGGGUGGACUGAUAUUAUGUAUCAUGUAAGUAGAUUUAACACAUUGAUAGGCAUCUUUUUUUAAUGAAAACUUAUUUUGUUCCUACGCAUUUGGAAAAAAGCCAUUCGGGUGAUCGCACAACUAGAAAAAAAAUUUUCAACGAAGAAAUUUUCGCUUGCUGUAAAUGAACCCCUUUCGAUGUAUGUGACUUUAACACUCCUCGAGACGUCACAGUCGAUCGCAGCACUCAAUAUCCAGAGGGCCUCUUCUCACCAGGAAAUAGACGCAAUGUAAAGGUAUUGCAAUGUCCACCUAACUGAAAAUGCUUAGGUUUGAUUGCCUUGUAAUGGCAUCCCAACCGAGAAAACUCGGGCACCGUUUCUGUUGACAAGAACUUCGAAAAUCUAUGCUGAUUUGUUUAUUUUCACGAUUGAUUUGCCUGAUAACGAAAUCAUCCUGGUACAAGAAUUUACCUGUUUAUCGUUUUUUAUUGCAGAGUUACGAUGCAAGAGAUUAUCACACACGUGUGGUCACAUCAAUUAUUUAUAUAUCAUUAAUUAUCAUUGGCUCAUUCUUUAUGCUCAACUUAGUUCUUGGUGUCUUGAGUGGGUAAGUAUUGUCAACACAAUUUAUGACAGCAAUAACACUUGGCGUAAAAAUUUCGAUUUAAUUAACCGUAACCUAACGUAUAUCUUGCAAGCAUAGUCGCAAGUUCUAUAGGUUCUCUGCUUUAAAAAUCCCUAUCAAAGGGUGAAGUAACAAUGCUAUUGUUUCAUAUCUUUCCAGUGAGUUUGCAAAAGAGAGAGAAAGAGCCGAAAAUCGACGAACGUUUUUCAAGUAUCGCAGUCGAGAAAAAAUAGAAAGACAAGUCAAUGCGUACACAGACUGGAUAGGGAGGGCAGGUGAGAAUUUUUCCUCUGCGUUCGCUAUUAAAAGAAUUGGUUAAGUCACAAUUUCUGCCAAUUACUAAGAGGAGACGUACAGAGCGUCAACUGUAACAGUCCUACUGAAAUAAACAGUGUCAAACCAGUUAAGUAACGACCGGCUAUAUUUAGCGGCUUUGCUGGUGCAGUAGACGUACGUUAGUUAAGGUAGCCAAGAAUUCUUAUGUUGAUCGAGCUUUUCCUUUGAAAUUGCGUGACGAUCGAAAUAAAUUAUGAUAGCAAUAGGUUCCGCCGUCAGGAAACGAGUCGAAAGACUUGAGGGCGAACUGGCUAAGAUGGGGGCGAAAUUGUUUUAUUUCAGGGUGGCAAACUCGUACAGGAGGGAAGGGGGGAACUUCUAGUGAGGCCAAACCUCCAGAAGUCCUCUAACAAAACACCAAACUACAAACUUUUGUGAAAUUAACAAGAGGCAUGGUAUCUAUAAUUCAUCAUGGACUUAUAUUUUCCUUUUUUGUAGAGGACAUUAUUUUACGAGAGGAAAGAGAGAGACAUGGAGUAGGAGGAGGUACGCGGUGUUGCAAAUAUUUUUUUGAAUAUGUUUUCUUAACCUUUUUUUCAAAGUCAUGUAAGAAAAGAGGGACAGUUUUGUUGCAGCUUUUUUAAAAACAAUCGAUAUAUGAAAAAAAUCGUUUGUUAACAGCCGAGCGUUGUUUAUGGGAUUAUUAUAGAGAGCUGUCCCUGUUGUAAACUAUAUAUGUAAAGCUAAGAAGACAUCAACAACAACAAAAUGAUGACUAUGUGCUGGUGACUUCCAAUUGAGCUUGGUUUACUGUUAUAGGUCAUACUUUACGCUGACAGAAUCAUUUCCAUACGAUAUAAGCUUAAUGCAUUAUCAAAUACCAGCUGUGAUUUCCUGUGAUUCAGUUCCAAGUUCUGAUUCGUUUACAUUGCCUGGUCUGCGAUAGGAUGCACCUAUGUAGUAGGAAGAACUUCUCUCAAUUAAAUCCCCUUGAACUGAAUCUGAUCAAUCUUCCUUUUCCAUGCAGGUGGUCCACGUGAUCCACUAAAGAAGCGUUAUAGUCUGUCAGACUCCAUCAUGCAUUUGAUAGAAGAUCACGGAGAAAUGGUCAAAUAUCUCAGAAAUAAAUCAGAAAACUGGUCUGAAAGGUACGGAUACUGUUACGAGCCAUACAAACGAAACUUGAAGCGAAAAUCGAACUUCGGAGACCAAAGAAAGAGAAGAGUUAUGCUAUAAUGUCUUGAACUUUUGCAUUCUACUGAGGGUUUAAAAGUUUUAGAAAAUGCCAUGAUUUAGUCUUUCCGAUUCAUUGCAGUUCCAGCACAAUGCGGAAACUUAAAAAGAAGGAAAAGCUAUUUCGGAUCCAUGUCCGUCAAAUGGUUAAAAGUCAAGUAUUCUAUUGGUCAGUUAUUGUCUGUGUUUUCCUCAACACUGUACUUAUGUCUGUUGAACACUACGGGCAACCUGAUUGGUUGGAGAGAUUUCAAGGUGGGUGAAGGAUAACAUACUAUGCACUUACUGACUAAGAGAGCUGGACGGCAAAAUAUUUUGUUCGAGGUCAUGUCGCACGUACCCUAGAAGUGAGGUCCGUACGUCAUAAAAGAGAACUAGUAUUAUCCUGUCCGGCCUGUCUUCUCUCAUAUUCAUCAUAUGACCGUUACUCUCUCUUUUCCCUUCCUUUCUUCGUUGAGCUCUUAGCUUGCGAGACCACGAGGGUUUUUCAUUUUACACUUUAAUUCCAGCAUUAGUAAUUUCGAAACUUAACUUUGUGAGAAUAUAUUGAAUUAAGAAGAUGGUAUAUUUUAAACUCAGUAGUCUAGCACAGAAAGAUGCUGUUCUCGAGCGUGGGAAAAAUUUCCUCUAAACCCCUACAAUCAAUCGUGAUUCGAUCGCUCGUGAAGUUUGCUUAAUUUACUUUGUGAUCUCCUUGGCUCCCUGUACAAUUUUAUUUGUUCUUAUACUGGUCUCUCAUUCCAAACCUCCGUUCUAUAUCUUUUUAGUUCAUUUUUUGCUUCAUACACGGUAAUCAUUGUGUUUUGGUCUUUCCAGCCAUUUCAGAGUACGUCUUCCUUAGCAUAUUUAUAGCCGAGAUGUUGUUAAAAAUGUAUGGCCUGGGACCCAGAGUUUACUUCAAGUCUGCGUUUAACAGAUUUGAUUGUGCGGUAAGCUGGAAAAAGUCUAUUGAAUAAGUACUCCUGAAAAUAGGAAAAAUUUGUUACGUUACUAAACCCGAAGGAUACCCAAUUCAUUGCUCUCGGGAUUUUUGGUCACGUGUUUUUUAGCGAGAUCAUGAGACGCCGUGGCCUGCUGAAAAGUCGGCGCACAUAACUUAGGAUCGAGAGGGCCUAGUUCGAGCUUUUCAAUGUCACUUCGUUGUGCCUGCAUUUGAAAUCACUGAACUUCUGUUUUCCUCUUCUCUUCUCUUCUCGUCAGGUUGUCCUAGGAGGAAUUGUCGAGAUAGUCGUACAAAAUAUUACAAGUUAUAGCUUUGGUAUCAGUGUUCUGCGAAGUCUUCGUCUUCUUAGAAUUUUCAAAUUUACAAGGUGAGCCGCAACACACAUUACUUUCAAAUUUGGCAGAGCCGUGCAUACAUCAACUAUCUCAGGAUCCUGCUCAUACAUGGAAAAGAAACCAUACCACUAGAUUCAAAGUCGAUAAAGUGACGUAGACAAUUCUCUCUCGGCGGGUAGUUUAACUCCCUACAGUUACAACUGCUGAACAGAAUCGUAGUGAGAAUCAGGUGGAAAAAGCCGGAUCAUUCAUCAGGGAUAUUGUCAGGUUAAAGCCCUUAACAAACAAAGAAAUGCAUCGACAGCAACUGAGAGAAUCAGUAUUCAGAUUUUAAGAGUGAGAGACUUAGGACAAUUAUAAGCCGAGGGCUCAAUGGGUGGCUCUUAAUCUAUCGUAAUUUCGUCACCCGCAUUUUCCUCCGCUUUCGCAUUUAGAUUGUUUUCAGUUUGAGUUUUCUUUGUUUCCUUGGUUUUGAAUAUAUCACUUUCGAUCUAAAAGCGUUGUUUGGCAUGAUUAUGUUUUACUUGCCUUUUUCUCUGGUUGUAGGUUUUGGGCAUCUUUGCGUAACUUUGUAACCUCGCUACUAAACAGCAUGCGAUCAAUCCUCAGUCUCAUCUUCCUUCUUCUCUUGUUCAUCUUUAUAUUCGCUCUUCUUGGAAUGCAGCUCUUUGGAGGAAAGUAAGUCAAAUAAGGAAGGAAAAGGGUACAUUUUAAGCUCGACUUUUUCAACAUUUUGCAACGAUUGUAGGAAAUCUUAGUCUUCCUUGCAGUUCCGAUCUCGACAUUGGAUGCCCUACCCACUGAAAACGAUUGGUGUCCUGACCACAGAUACUUUGUUGGUGAGCAGUGAGACCACUGCUAAUCUUGACAAUAUCUGGGACGCCACUUACAAAUAAAUCUUGUUUGGUAACCUAGUUGGUAGGACAACUGACGGAACUGGCUGAGGCCAGAGUCCUUUCGUACAAUCGAUACCAACGGGUCUAGCGGAUAUGAGCUCGUGCAUUGAAACCCAAUUUGAAAGAGCGACCAAAAAGAUCCUAAUCCUUUCGCAGUACUCAUUUUCUCUCUGUCCCGCGAUAGUGACAAGAGCAAACAACCUUCCAAGUAAAGAUGGCUCUUUAGGUCUAAAUUUUAAAUAACGAAAGCAACAACUGAUGUUGUAGUUAAGGAACGCAGUACUAAGGUUGAAUGGGUUUCUUGUUUCAUUAAUAUGAUAACGUAAUGUUUUGUUUUGAUUGACAGCUCCUGACAAAUCAUGUUUUGAUUCACAGGUUCAGUGAACGUCACGACGCUCCGCACACCAACUUUGACAACUUCUUGAAAGCCAUGUUAGCUGUUUUUCAGGUUAAUAUGAGAUAAUUUCUUUUACCUGACAUACAUAGUUAAUGUGCAUUCAACAACGUAAAACCUUCCUGUUCACUGAGCUCGAUUUUCUUGUUCUCAUAAUUUCAGAUUAUGACGGGAGAAGAUUGGAAUACUGUUAUGAAUGAUGGGAUAGUUGCAUCAGGAGGCCCGCAUAAGAUCUGGGGAAUAUUGUCAUCUUUGUACUUUGUUUCUCUGGUUAUACUUGGGAAUUGUAUCCUUAACUGUACAAAUUAAUAUGCAAAGCCAUCAAAUGAUUUAUAUUGUGAUAAAAAUAAAAAAACUAGCCUCCCAUUUAGACCUGGAAUUCAAUGGUCGAAGAAACACUCCGUGGAUGUACCACUGCUAGCUUUCUUUCAGUUAUUUAUAUUCGACUGAUAACCCACAUCAAGGGAUGUCAAACACCGAGCACUGUAACAAAAUUUUCUCCAUGUGCUACGCUUUACUCAUGCAAAAUUACCUUCCCUAACCAAGCUUCUCUCAGACACGCUACUAAACGUGUUUUUAGCCAUAGCAGUGGAUAACUUAGCGAACGCUCAAGCGGUAACGCAAGAUGAAAAGGAAGAGCAACUACAGCUGGAGGCUAUGAGGAAGAAACGAAUGGAAAAACGUAGAGACGGGUGGGCCAAGGCCCGAACGAUCCCCGUCCUUAUAGGAUUAGGAAAAAUCAGCCAUAAUAAGAACGACAACGACAAUCCAUUUCGCAACAUGAAGCCAGUAUAUCCGUCUUUGGAUCAUGUUUCUCCAAGGUAAGCAAUGCUCACUAAAAGAACCUUUGAUUAAAAGAAAAACAAACAACCAUGAUGCUUCCCUCUACGAUUGCGUGUAGAUAAAGCACCGGUCAGGGUUUUACUGUCAAAGGGAAGCAAUGCCACCUUUUGAACGCUCUAUCCUUCUUUCACUCUGGCCUAGCUUAAUUUGAGAACCAAACUCAGGCUUCGGCCUUGUUGUGUUCAAUAUUUGAGGCUGCACUAAUCAUUCCCUCUGUUUUAGAUCAGUGGUCAAAGGUAAACUGCGACCGAUGGCAUGUAUGUUAGUCUCGUUCACAGCGGUGCUUUGAAUGUCAUGCGACGCUUCUACCAAGAGCGAUACGCGGUUGGGAGGAAGCACCAUAUUAUCUGUUUAUUCUUUUUCACUGCAGCACUUUUGAAAAGCAUCGUUUUUUAUGGUAAAAACUGCACUACUCAAGGCGGGGCGCCAGUUUUUAUAACCAAAAAGAGUUUUAGUGAGAGUGCAAAGGCGUGUUCCAAAUUUACCUGAUCAGGGCCAUUUUGAGUAAGUUUCGAUGGUUGUGACAUGUCAGACAAGACUUUCACGACCAGCCUUUGUAUCAUACUAUAGCAAUUUAGUUUGAUAACUUGGAAAGAUGAUCACUCUUUUUUCCAUUUCUUGAUGCUUCUCCAAAUUUCCAUUUCAGAGGCGCACGAUGGAACAAGAAGUCUGCGUUAAGGGUGGGGCAGCUUGGAUUUUAUUGAAUUUGUUGACAUUAAGCUUCACAAAAAUGAAAAAAUGUUCAAUUAAAUUACUUUCUUAUUCUUCAAUUUCUACGUUUGCUUCACCAGGUGAAGAUUUCUCAGGAUGGGAACGGCUGCCUUGGAGCAUCAAACGGAAAUUUUUUAAACGGUAACUCAAGGGAAAAAGGAAAUACAGACAGGGAUGAAGAGGGAGAUAUGGCAGGUAAGGAAAACACCUGGGGCGGGGUGGACCGGUUGGAUCCAGGAAUUUUUGAUAGAAUGAGGGGGAGAUUUGACUCAUAGAACACAAUUUUUUUUAAUUCCUUUUGUACAUUUAUUUAUAUCUUUUUUCUUUGCAUGAUUUUUUCUUUCUCUUUUUUGGUUAAUUGUGCCAAAUAAACUGCUUUAAGAUGAGUACAUUUUCGAAACUUCAAGUUGAGAAGUCAUAUUUAAUCUUAUUGUAAAAGGUUUGGUUUUAGACAAGUAGUAAAUUACCCCACGAUACUGACAGCUCUUUCUUAAGGAAUCCAUCACCCUACCUCCACCACUGUCUGAUCUGUGCAAGGAGAGAUCCUCUGCUCUAGGAAUGAGGAAGUACUAUGAGGGAGAAAUAAAUACAUUUUAAGAAUGGCUAUAUUUGGCACCUCCUUGCAAGUCUGGGGCACUGUAAAUGAAUAAUGAAAAAAGUGAGCAAAUCACUGAAAAGCCCUUAUGGUGGGGAGGCAACUGAUUGGCUUUUUUAGGCAACAUAGGAGCCAGGCGAAGAAAGGUCCAGCUGAGUGGCAGAAAGGAGGGUUUGAACUGAGCAUCUCAAUAUUUCAAAUUAAGUGCUCCAUGCCGCUUGAAAACACUGGCUCUACAAAGUUUUUUUCUUUUCCUAUAUUUUUCUUUCCUUUUUUUCCGAAUAAGGUCGUCUCAAGUUCCCCAGGCUCCGUUGGUUUAAUCCUUUAAAUAUUCCUUUCUUCACUUUUCCUGUCAAUGAGAAAUAAUGAGAAAAUUAAAUCGUGUUGCAUCUUUCAGAGCAAACCGUGCCUCGAAGGACGUUGCUCAGCUUGCGUGAUGCGGGAAGAAUCAUACGGAGGCGUAACGUGCACAAAAAUGUACCAAUCAUACGAAAGAGUUCCAUGUUUAUUUUUGGUCCUGAUAAUCCGUGAGUAUCAUACAAACUAUCCACAUUUGUUAUUAUGUUUUUUUUCAAGGGAAAAGAAAGUUAUAAGAAUGAAUUCUGCUCGCAGGGUUGCGAAUGAAUCUCUACAUCCCGUUGUUUUAGGCAAUCACAAUCCGUAAUGAAGCAACUUACACAGUCACCUGUAACUGACAAUUGAUCCAGCCUCAGUUGAUUAGAUAAUGUCCAAGGCUUUAGAAGUAUACAGCCCUCUUUACAGCAUUUUGGCUUUGUGGCUGUUAUUUUAAAAUGACGGGCACGUUUUUCUGAUUAACUCAUUGCGACGCACGUUUGAUUUUUCAUGGGUGGAAAUUGACGUGCUCGCUCUCCUCUCCUUUGCUGGAGAUGAUCCGUCAAGUAGAUUAAGAUAAAAACCGUGAGGGUGAAUGCCAUUCUUCGGAAACGGAUGGUGCAAUAUGAUAAGUCCAAACCACCUCCAGUAAGAUGGAAAACAAGAGAGGAUGAGGUACACUCUCUUGCAGAAACCACUCGCUAUACGGACUUCCUAGAAGUAAGGCGCCGUGAUGACAAAGUCCACAUCUACCCAAAGAUUCAAAUUUCAGGACGUUAUUUUUUGAUAUCUCACCUUUUGUAAUGAAUUUCAGUAUUCGCCAAGCUUGCCAUUGGGUAGUCAAUCUCCGAUAUUUCGAUGACUUCAUUCUGGCAGUCAUUUUAGUCAGCAGCGUUUUGUUAGCAGUGGAAGACCCAGUCGACCCAGACGCACCGAGAAACAAGGUGUGUAAGUCACGUGAUAUUCUUUGAAUACCCUCUAGCUCUAAAGGGAAAAAUAUUGCAAAUCAGUCUACAUUUUAUUUUGACAGGUGAUCCGGUAUUUUGACUAUGGAAUCACUGGGAUUUUCGCUCUAGAAGUUCUCGUUAAGGUAAUGAAGGUUACACCUGAAAACCAAGGCGAUGAAAGAAAUUAAUGAGCAGUGGUACAGCGUAUAUCUUAAGAGCUGCAAGAUUAUCUUUUUUCAAAUUCUCUACCGUUUUCUCUGAAGAUCAAAUGAUAAAAGCAAAAUUAGUUGGUACCUAAAGGGGGUAAAGUUCUAAGGUGCUGCGUCGGUGGGGAGUACUGCAUGACAAUAGGUUUCUUCAACUGAGUUCAUAAUGAAAAUUGACAGUCGAAAGUUUGAAAAGUUGACGUUUUGAGCGUUAACCUUUCGUCGCAGCAACUGACACUGAUUGCUAGGUAGUUGAUAUAUGUUUGUCUAAUAAAUGUUUUUAUUGUAAGUCCUACCACUUCUAAAUUCCUUCCCACAGAUGGUCGACCUUGGAGUAAUCCUUCACAAAGGAUCUUACUUGAGGAGUGGUUGGAAUAUAAUCGAUGCCUUCGUAGUAGCCUGUAACAUCGCUGCCUUGCUGUUGGAGUAAGAAUUUGCUUCCUUCUUUAAAAUUGGAUCCAAUAUCAGUGGAUUAUUACGGCAUUAUCUUGUAGUCAUGCAUGCAAUUUGUCCCUACGCCUUUCAAACUUAAAAGGGUUGUUAUUGAGGGAGAAAUCUAAUUUUUCGGUUUUGCAACUCAGCUUUACGGGCGUCACUGGAGAUUCCGAAGCUCUGCAGUAAAAGUCUCCACAACGUCCCAUUCCUUAUUUAAGGAUUAAAGCGAAACCUUCCACUGUGCUUUGUAACUGCUUGAAAGCGGCCUUUAUAAAUUGUAUAGUAUAUUUUUCUUUUUUCAGCAUUAGAAGCAGUGGUCGAGAUAACUUACAAAAAGACGCUAUCAAAUCUUUUCGUGUUUUGCGAGUGCUCAGACCCUUGAAGGCCAUUAACAAGUCAAAGAAACUGAAGGUUUGUGUUGUUUUUCCUUUUUUUUUCUUUAAGGGAUCCAUACACGACUUACAAGAAACAAUGAUAAUUUUGGUUUUUGUUUGAAAUACGGUCAAUUUUAGCCAAAUAAAUUUAAAAUCUAACAACUAACUAUGUUCCGAUUCGGGAAAAUAUGUUGUUCUUGAAAGUUUCGUCUGCUUUAGGAAGUCGCUGUUUUAGCCUAAGUAAUAGAACCACAUAGUUCAAAUAGCUUUUGAAAAGCGUUUUAUUAAAUGGAGCGGCUGUUCCUCACAUAAGUUCAUAAAGGAGACAACGUAUGAGGCCUGGCUAAAUACUUAUUACAAUUUUCAGGCUGUUUUUGAGUGUAUGAUGUACUCGCUAAAGAAUGUCCGCAACAUCCUCCUCAUCACAUUACUGUUUUACUUCAUUUUUGCUGUGGUUGGCGUGCAACUGUUCAAGGUAAGGUUUAAAAAACCAACUCGUACACUUGUUUUACCUAAAAAAUCAUCGCAUUUGCAAUUUUCUAAAUUUCUGCUUUCAUUUUAACAGUAACGUCUGCACUACGAUUUUUAACCAAGAAACUAAAAUAGUUAUGGUAUUAUAGUUAAUUAGUCCCUGUCUUAAGUUUUAAUUAGAUCAAAUAUGAUUAGGGAAAUCCCUGAGGUUUAAAAGAACGUGUCAUGAACGUUUCUGACGAGAUGCCAAUGAGGCAUCGAUCUAUUGCCCAGCAAAACGUAAACAACCCAGGACACUCGCCAAGAUUCUAAUUACCAUUGUUCCCGCGGCAUCAGAGGUCGGGUCUAAAACAGACUUGAGUGCAACCAUUUUUGAACUAGGGCCUAUCGAAGGUAUUUCAGAAGUAUGCUCGUUUGGUCCCCUCUUGGUUCAAAGCACGUCAGUGGUGACCUUUUUUGUUCCUUUAGGGGAAAUUCUGGUACUGCACGGAUCGCUCCAAGAUGACACGUGAAACUUGUCAGUGAGUAUUUACCGUGUUGUUAUCGGUGCACCUCCUUCUAAAGUUACACGCUAAUCAUAUAGGGUAAACUGCUCCAAAGAUUAAUUUUCUUUUACUUUGUCAAAGAGUACAUAUCUUGAAUGUUGGUGUCUAUUUGUCAGUGAUCUUCUCGUACCAUGCCAUUAUUUCUUCUACAAACUCGUUUCAACAGUUUUUGUUCCUUAUCCUUCUCCUCGUCACUUUUUUUACAGUCGCACACAGGUUGAGCUUUGCGGCUUUAAGUGCUUUUCAAAUUAUAUUUGCAACGCAAUACCAUCUGAAAUGCUUUAAUUUAAAAUGAUUUGUUCUCUUUUUACUUUCGGGGUAAUUGGUUUUACCUUGUAUGGUUAAUUUGUUUCUUUUGCAGAGGAAACUAUUUCAAGUACAAUUUGGGUCUAAACAGUAAAAUUGGUCUGAAGAAUUUUGAGGUAAUUUAUCAAAAUGAUAUUAUUUCAGUCUCUAACUAGCUUUUUUGUGAACAAAGACAUUCGUGGAUAGCUAAGAUAGCUUCUUAGAAAUUUUAUAAACAAAGUUAUCAAAUUGUUUUGUUGCGUCGGUGUGUAUGUCAAAAAACAUGGCUAACAGUUCAUUAUCAGUUUGAUGUUAAUGUAGGCAUUCAGACAACCAUCCCGAAAUCUGGAAACCUGGCGUCAGCUGUUCUUAAAGCAAAGUUGUUACCUAAUCCAAAUAUCAUGAAUCAACUCUUAUUAUCUCAUGUCUGACUUGCUCUUUUCUUCGAUCUAGAGGAGAAAUAGUUAUUCACACCUUGCCCCUGGCAGAUAAAUGGUCUUACUUUGGGCUCAUAACUGUUUAUGUGCCGGCAUAUAUUCUUUUAAUACAGGUUUCACCAAGAGAGUGGAUGAAACACAAGUUUCACUUUGACAACGUGCCCAACGCCAUGUUGGCUCUGUUUUCUUCCUCCACCGGGGAGGGGUGGCCUCAGUAAGUUUCUUUUCCUGUAGAGCUUCCUGUAGUUCUGUCGUGUCACUCGACCGCUCUUAUCAUUUGUUAUAUCAUCGAAUGAGGUGUACAAAUUAAUGAAAAAAUGGAGUUUUGGCUAAAGUUGCUGAACUGAUUGCUUGAAAUGAGGAAUAAGCAAAAAGAGAAGAAGAAACAGUCCAUCAAAUUCAAUUGGAUUUGCAUAAUCUUCAGAUAUUCAAAGGGCGGAUAAUCAAAGGAUUUAUCGCUAUCCAGCGGAUAAGUGAUGACAAACCUUGCUGCACUAUACACUGGAUAAAGAUCUAUCCAGUGAGUUGCUUUAUCCACCCCUCGAGUAAACGGGACCUUUCUUUCCCUUUACAGAGGCAUGUCUAAUACUAUUGACGCGACGAAGGAGGAUCGUGGGCCAAUCAAAGACUACCAGAUACAGAUGUCCUUGUACUAUGUCUGCUUCGUUGUCGUUUUUUCUUUCUUCUUCUUGAACAUGUUCGUAGCUUUAAUUAUCGUCACUUUCCAAGAACAAGGUGAGAAGGAGAUGGACGGCUGUGAGCUCGAUAGGAAUCAGGUAAUCCCCGUUUAGUUUUAACACUUUCACUCCCAAGAUCUCGUUAGUAAUUCUCUUUACUGUCGACGAUACAGUUCUCAUGAUGUAAGUUUGGAGAAUUUGAUAUCGUAUCAACUGAUAAUCCCCCAUUGUUUAUCCGCUUCACUUUUUAACUUGAUAUUGUAUUUAUAUUGUAAAGAGUAAUUCUUUCUUGGUCACUCAUGUGAGUUUAAGGGGUAGCCCUUUCACACGAAUGCUAAUGUCCGAUUUUGAACACUAGUGUCCUAUGUUAGACAAUGACAAGUACUGGUCGUUUCAUCGUUAAGCCGAAAAAGGCAUUUUUUCGAAGUUGUCAAAGGUUUAUUUACUCUAAACAACAGUGUUAGGAGAAAGUAGCAUCUUAUCUUUCCUCACAUCAUUACAUUAGGGUCCUGAGAAUAAACAAAAUUAUCGCCAAUUAAGGAUGCCAUUCUUUGAUAAACAAUUUUUUUUUGUUGGCACCACUCAGAACAGCUUGGCAAAUAAUCAUAAAAGUACUAAGUGAAGGUACAAAAGAUUAAAAUAAAGUUAUCAUUCAUCUCCUCUAUCUUUAUCGCUUUCCAGCGAGACUGCAUUCAGUUUGCAAUGACAGCUAAACCAAGACAACGCUACAUGCCAGAAAACAGAAGCACGUGCUUUUAUAAAGUAUGGAAAGUUGUGGAUUCCAAACCAUUCGAGAUUCUGAUCAUGACCACGAUUGUCCUCAACGCGAUAGUUCUUAUGGUCUCGGUAAGAGAUUCAUAUCAAGCAAGCUGAUAUAUCUCACACUACUCAAUAUUUCCGCUGUGUAACAGAAGUGAAGUGCAAGUUUUAAAGAUAAUUAGUUUUCAACUUCAAAUUUUGAUAAAUGUUCUUCUUUCCUAAUUGAUAAUUGAAAAAUAUAACCUCUGGAUGUACGAUUGGUAAAUUUCUCAGUCCUAUAGCGGUAGGGUCAGCUUUUUUUCUGUAAGACUUGGAGGGGUGCUGCUACAUAGGCACCAUAAAAGCAUUUGAGGAGCUUUACCCAGCGUUACAUGCUCUAAUAAAAUGAAAGUGGCGGCCAACCAAGCUAGAAGAGGACCUACGACCUCGCCGCGCCCUGAUUUCGCAGCCCCUUUGUGUGGCCAGUGCGGCCGGUGUAGCCGAGCGGUUAAGAGCACUGGACUUCUCUUCCGGUGGUCCUGGGUUCAAACCCCCCACCCUGAUACACCUUGGAUUUAACUGCUCUUUGAAAAUAGCCAACUGGUCUGUUUCCGGCCAGUUGGGAUUUUUAAACACUAUAUUUAUUAACAUGUUGUUUCUUUACAAAUUGUUUGUACGGCCCUAAAAAGACGCAUUGGGGUUGUGGUUACUUAAUUUUUAAUUAUUGUUAUUAGCUUCACAAACUAAAAGGUGUAUCAGGUCGCUUUAUUACUAAUUAUUUCUUUCCUUGACGAUGAAGGAAGUGGUGACCAAAUGAACCCUUUAAUGACUCCUUGGCCACGCCCACAAAUUAUUUACCACACUUGCCUCUUUGCAUUGUGUAUCUCUCUGCAGUAUGAUGGCGCUAGUCCUGGAUAUGAGAAGGUCCUCAACUACUUGAACAAUGCAUUCACAUUUGUAUUCAUGUUAGAAGCUAUUUUGAAGUUAAUAGCAUUUAGACAGGUGAGAAUGGCUCACUUAAAACCUUCCUCCGUUGCAUUUUAUUUCUCAUAAGAAAAUUCAGGUUAAGAACAUCAUUGCAUUCCUUACUUCGUCUAACGAUGGGCAAAUAUAAACGACACUUUGCCAUACAUCUCGCACGUCAUCCUCAUUCCGCACACUGCCCAGUUUCUUUUGGUUGCCCUUUAGCUGACCGAGUUCGAGCUCCAUCCUAUAAGUUACAGAUCGAGUUUUUUCCUGUCGGCUUUAUGGCCCGUAUGCGAAGCAUACGGGCCAUAAAUACGAGCAGAAAAAAUAAGCAAACGGGCCAUGAAUUCGAACGGAAAAAAACGAGGCUCCGUAACUUUCAGUAGGGACCGGAAAACGAGGUUAGUGCGAUAUUUAUUAAAUCACUGGGUUCAAUUUGAGGGAAAUGUUCCAACUCCAACAAACUUUUGAAUUUAGCACAGUGAAAUACAAUCGCUAAAUUGACCAAACAUAGGGCACGUACUAAGUGGAAGAUAUAAUAACAAAAAAAUGAUAAAUCUUCAAGAUUACUCAGAGAGAGAGAAAGCUUUGAGUAUUACUUUUACAUGAAUUCGUCUCUCAUUCAGUUAAACACGCUAAAUAUCUAUUUGUAAUCAUUUUCAGAAUUACUUCCGGGAUUUCUGGAAUGUGUUUGACUUCAUCAUUGGAAUCACAACUUUGGUCGAAGUGAUCCUAGAGUUCACCAAUGUAAGUAGAAAUAAAUUUAAUUCAUAUCACAUUUGGUUUUUUUAUGUCAUUUCAAAACAAUUUAUCUUAAUAACAUAAGGAUUCCUGUGUCUCACUGUCACGAUAUUUGCGUGUUUUGAUAUAUUUUCCACCAGUCUAUGCGGACUCUUUCUUUUUACUAACGCACCUCAGCAAAUUAUAUCGUUUCAUUUUUUACUUUUCCUCAUAAGUCGAAAGAGGACAACAAUGCACUCCCGAUAGACCCGAGUUUUUUCCGACUUUUUCGAGCUGCACGGCUGGUAAAACUGCUCAGGCAAGGUUACACUAUAAGGAUACUGCUAUGGACCUUUCUUCAGUCCUUCAAGGUAAUUCAGUUGUGUCGCUGAUUUCAUGCCCUCUUCACCUAAUGUACCGCACUAGCAUGUUAGUGUUUUUACCGUACUUAAGUUAUCAAUUUUCAUGAGUCAUUUCAUUUAUUAAUUUUAGGCUCUCCCAUACGUGGUAAUCUUAAUCGGCAUGUUGUUUUUCGUCUAUGCUGUUAUUGGGAUGCAGGUAACGUUAAAACAGUGUUUUUAUCAUCAUACUUUAUUACGUAUAGGGUGAAGUGGGCACCCUGGGAACAUGAGCCCUUAGUCUGUCGGUGUGCUUGAAUUCGUGUCUCAAUGUAUGGUCUGCGGGAUCUCCCAGCGCUGAUUUAUUCCUUUCCUGACAUGUAAUUGCAAGCUUCGCGGUAGCAGCAAAGCUGGUUUGAAUAAGAGCACUCAAAUGGGAAAUCCCUUCAGCUUUGAAGGAAGUAGUAUCGGCUGGAUGGCGCAUAAAAGAUCCGCCUGUUGUAGAUCCUGAGCAGAUUUUGAUUAGUUAAGCGAAUAAUUAAAAGACUAACCAAAUUAUGAUUGGAUAAUUCCAUUCUUUCUGUUUAAGUUAUUUGGUAGAAUUCGUUUGAGUGACGACUGGAGCAGGCAAAUCAACCACCAUAAUAAUUUCAGGAGUUUCCUCAUGGCUCUUCAAGUUUUAUUCAGGUUUGUAAAUAAUUAUCAUUUCGGGCGAGAAGCAAUUUAGACAAGGUAAGCGCUUUCUGUGUCUAUCCCCAUUUUAUUAUCGCGCAAAAGCCACACUUCCAAGUACAGAUACUAGCGGUAAGAGGGCUGUUUUCAAACCCGACGUUAGAAAUAAGACAAUUCAUUUCUAUCACGCUAGCAUCCGUGUUCUUAUCGUUACAGAGCAUCCACAGGCGAGAACUGGCAUAAAAUAAUGUUACAUUGUUUUGACGAUGCCAAGUGUGAUUCUGAUGAAAACAAAACAUGCGGCAGCACUGUUGCAUCAGUAAUCUACUUCUGCACUUUUUACUUCUUUUGCACGUUUCUGGUAAGUACAAUGAAUAACCUUCAGGAUAUAACUAUAACAAGAAACCAAUUUACUUUACAUGAACAAAGACUUUAAAAACGUCGCCGACUCCCAAGUCUUCGUGGUUUUACUUCUAGAUUUGCACAGGAGUCCAUUACUUGUAUCAGUAAAUUUUUCUCAGUUGUUCUUUAUGAAGUGCCAUUAUGAUAUACAGUCAAAGUCUGCAUUUGAUGUUUGGUUGGUAAGGAUUGCCCUGUCACGCUAAAAGCGACUAUCCCCUACAGUUGUGACCCACGGUUUUGAUUCCCCUACCUGGUAUGACAUGUGUCCUGAGUUUGCUGAUAGCUCUCAUCCCGCAUCCGAGAGCGUUUAUCAUAGUUCAUGGUUUCCUCAAUGACCAAAAACAACACAAUUCCAAUUUCACUUGGAAACAGCGAGGAAAGAACUAUUUUGUUGAUCUGCCACCGCUAAAAUCCAAUCCAUUCAAACUCAGUCUUUUCGUGCACUUCAAAUGUUUUUUUUUUCGUUAAGUAGAAAUUUCUUGCGUCUGUUUCCUUUUGAUCAAGAACAAAUCUCUUUUACAAUUUUCAGCCAACCAUUUAACUUUACAGAGUCUUACAUCUGCGAUGUUUUGUCUUUCAGAUGUUAAAUCUUUUUGUAGCAGUCAUCAUGGACAACUUCGAGUAUCUGACACGUGACGAGUCGAUUCUUGGCCCUCAUCAUCUAGAUGAGUUUGUCAGAGUCUGGUCUGAGUACGAUCCUGGUGCCACGUAAGGACAUACAUGUAGCCAAUAGAUCUUUCUGUUUUGUAAUUUCUACAGCUCGGAUUCAGACCACCUUAAAUAAAGCUAAAUUUUUUUUUCAUCUCAGGGGACGGAUACCACAUACUGAGGUUUAUCGCUUGAUGUGUGACAUGUCCCCCCCGGUCGGAUUCGGGCGGAAGUGUCCCAAGUUUAUUGCAUAUAAGGUAUUUGUUUCUCAAUUUUCUCAGUGCAGAUAUAAUAGUUUAAUUUUAAUACUCGCGGUAGAAAUCUCAAUUUAAUAAUCUAACUUUUGAUCCUUUAUUUUUUGUUUACAAAGGAUGAUGCCGACGUUUCCGUCUAAAUUUAAUAAGUGUAGGUUGAUCUGUAUAAGCUGUUUCAUUGUUUCUUACAGCGCCUUAUUAAGAUGAACAUGCCGAUCAUGGGGGACAACACUGUGCUGUUCACUUCAACCUUAUUCGCACUCAUUAGAACAGCUCUUGGAAUAUUUAGCACAGGGGACCCAGCCUACGCCGACAACGAAUUGAGGAGGACAAUAAAGCGACUGUGGCCAAAAACUUCCAAAAAGAUCCUGGAAAAGAUGAUUCCACUGCAGUCAGGUUGUUAGAACGGUCCUAAUUUUUUUCAGUGUGGUUUUAAUGACUCUGCAAAGCUACGUUUCGAUGAACCUGACCAAAAACCAGUCAGAUGUCAAUGUGACUUGGUGGUUAACCCCAAAAGUGAAGAUUAAAAACCCCAUUUAGGGAGGGUUGAAUAGGAACCUUUUCGUUUUCGUUUUCAGCAAAAGCAGCAUUUAGCAGGCACUGACGUUUUGGUCCUCACUUUAAUUUCUUCGCCGCAUUGUUCAUAAAAAUCCCUGUGUUACAUUUACAGAGGUCUCAGGUAUUUACGGUAUUGUGGAAGAGGGGCAAAUUAUAAUUUUGCAAUAGAGAUCAAGCAGUAUUUUAUUCUCUUGAUGUGUUUCUUGGUAUUGUUUUUCCUUUAUUUUAGUCUUGAGCUCCCAACAAAUGACUAUAGGAAAAAUCUACUGUGCAAAAUUGAUUUACGAAAACUAUAAACACAUGAAAAAGAAGCGUCUUGAGAAAAAGAAAAAGGUGAGCGUACAUUAAAGGUGUUAUUUCAAUUUAAUCGCAGAGCAUGCGGCAGUAAUUGUUAUAAUAAUUCCUUCUUUUUGUCUCCGUCUGCUUACUUGUCCGUAUGUUUAUCUGUCAAUUAAUCUUUUUGUUUUUGUUUGUUUGUUUGUUAGUUUCAUUUUGUUGUUGUUGUUGAGUUGGUUGAUUGGCUUCUUUCAGGAUUGUGAAACAUCAGGC